UAAUAAGUUGCUUAAAAUAAAAUUCCAUUAUUUGAAAUAUUAUUAUUUUUGGCAUAUUCAAUUUUGUUCAUAUUUAUAGUAUAUAAUUAGCUUAAUAUAACAAGUGCUUUUUAAUUAAACAAAUAUAUGAAAUAAAGAUUCGCUCCAAAUUUUAAAUCAAAUCAAUUAAUAUCAAAAGCAAGUAUAGUAGAUUAUUUAUAAAACUAUAUAAUUAAAAAUUUUAUUUCAUAUGAUGGAUUUUACCCAUUUUAAGUUUAAGAUGACUUCUAUCAUAUAACACAUCUAAGAGUUUUGUAAAAAAGAUGUUAAUUAUAAUCAAACUCAUCAAUAUGGAUAAAUCCAAUAACAAGUUCACAUGAUAAUUUUGGAUCUGUCAAUUAAUUUAAAUAUAACUAAACUCACUAAGGCUUUGUUUAAUUUGUAAAUAAAUUUAAUUAUACAUCCUCAACAUAUAAUAUUUUUCAUGAUCUAUUUUCUUCUUAAUUUUUCGAUAUUUAAACUCGAUAGUUAUCAUUAGAUGUUGCCUUUUAUAAUGCGAAUUCUGAUAUGUUAAGCAUGCUUUAGAUUGUAUUUGAUUAUGCACCAACAGGAUAGGUUUUUGUAAAUAUUUACUUGGACUCUUUUUGCGUUAAUACAUAUUCAACUGCUUUUAAUAGAGUAAGAAUGAUUUGUGAGAUAGUUUUUGUUGUCUUAUAUGGAUUCUAUUGUAUUAAUGAAGUUUUAAAAGUAUUUAGAUAAAUAAGAAAAGUUUAAAAAGAAUACGAUACAAAAUUAC